AUGUAUAUGCUUGAAUUUACAGAUAAAAUGAACGACUAUUACUGGCAAGACGAGAGAUUAUGGAGACAAAGAGACGCAGUUGAAAAACCGAAACCUUUGAGUGUUACACUCAAAAAAUAUUCAUUGACGACUGCUGCAUUCUCAAUGAUUUCGCAUUUAUUUUUUGACGGAAUUCUUUCUGUUUCACUUUUAUCUGCACUCAUGUUCACAUAUGUUCUUUCAUAUCGAAAAGCUCGUGUCAAUGUCAAUGAAACGUAUUAUGAUUUAAGGCGGAAUUAUUAUAAGACGUGCUUGCUGAUAUUUUCUUCAACAUUGCUUGCAGUUUUGCGGGUCGCAUUCAUUUCAUUGAGUGACGAAUCGAGGUUUUCUUUGUAUCUCGCAUAUCUUGCAUUAUUUCUUGCAUUCACUGAAAAUCUUCAAAUGAUGAGUGAAGCUGAAUCGUAUGUACCGCCACCUCGGGCUCCAGCUUAUCAACGAAGAUUUCCACGAUAUGCACCGGCUGGAUAAAUUGCUACGACUAUGUUCUGUGACAUACGAGGAUCUCAAUUUUUGGGAAAAUUUCGAUCUCUGUAAUUCAUUAGACACAAUCUAAUGGGCUUUUUCACGAGUUUGCUUCAUUUUCUGGCAUAAUAAAAUCUCGAUUUAUUUAUUUUUAAUUUUAAUUUUGAAACACUAUUCCUUUUUAUUAAAACAGCAUUGUAGCAA